UCCAGGAUCAAGCAUCCCACUAAGAACCUUCCCUGCAAAGAGGGACUAGAGGAUGGGAACUGAGAAGGAAAAAAUCUGCUUUGUUUCUCUUGAAUGGCUGAUGAUCCAGACAGAUGUUUGCCUCUAAAUGAUGUCAAUCCACUUAACCUACUAAAACAAAGGACACAGCCCUGAAAGCAAUGUCUCUCUUUCUUCCUUGAUACCUUUUUACCUGGGACCCUAAUUACUUUUAAAAGGACACGUGAAGAAGCAGUAUUGAUAACAGCAUUGGUUGUAUCCGUCCACAUUUCUUUCUUUUGGAAGAGAUGAUCCUGGCUUCCCAGUUGGUCUUCUUCACCUGCAUCUGGAUCACACUGAUGCCAAAUGCUUCUGCUGUUGCUGAAAUCAAGACACCCCACCCACGCUGCUCCUCUUCAGUGGAACAGACUUGCAAACAAGAAACUAAAAUGAGGAAGGAAGACAGUACCAAAGUGUGGCCCCUGAAAUAUAAGCAAAUCCUCCACAUAGAGGACCAUGAUUUUGCAAUGAGACCUGGAUUUGGAGGGUCUCCAGUGCCAGUGGGAAUAGAUGUCCAGGUUGAAAGUAUUGACAGCAUUUCAGAGGUUGACAUGGACUUUACAAUGACUUUUUAUCUCAGGCACUACUGGAAAGAUGAAAGGCUCGCCUUUCCCAGCAAGACCAACAAAAGUAUGACUUUUGAUCAUAGAUUAAUCAAAAAGAUUUGGGUGCCUGAUAUCUUCUUUGUCCAUUCUAAGAGAUCCUUCAUCCACGACACAACUGUGGAGAACACCAUGCUGCGCGUCCACCCGGAUGGAAACGUCCUCUUCAGUGUCAGGAUAACUGUUUCAGCAAUGUGCUUUAUGGAUUUCAGCAGGUUUCCUCUUGACACUCAAAACUGUUCCCUUGAGCUGGAAAGCUAUGCCUACAAUGAGGAGGAUCUAAUGCUGUACUGGAAACAUGGAAACAAGUCCCUAAACACUGAUGAGCAUAUUUCCCUGUCUCAGUUUUUCAUUGAGGAGUUCAGUGCAUCCAGUGGAUUUGCUUUCUAUAGCAGCACAGGUUGGUAUAAUAGGCUUUUCAUCAACUUUGUGCUAAGGAGACAUAUUUUCUUCUUUGUCCUGCAAACCUAUUUCCCAGCUAUGUUGAUGGUAAUGCUUUCCUGGGUUUCAUUUUGGAUUGACCGAAGAGCUGUCCCCGCAAGAGUUUCCUUGGGAAUCACCACGGUGCUGACCAUGUCCACGAUCCUCUCCGGGGUGAGUGCCUCCAUGCCCCAGGUGUCCUACAUCAAGGCUGUGGACGUGUACCUGUGGGUCAGCUCCCUCUUUGUCUUCCUGUCAGUCGUUGAGUACGCAGCGGUGAACUACCUCACCACAGUGGAAGAGCGGAAACGAUUCAAGAAGACCGGGAAGAUUUCUAGAAUGUACAGUAUUGAGGCAACUCAAGCCAUGGCCUUUGAUGGUUGUUAUCAUGACUGUAAGGCUGACAUGGACCAGACUUCCUUUUCUCUACACUCAGAAGAGGAUGCCUUGCAAGGAAGAUGCAUAGGCAAUCUCAGUGCAGAUUCAUCUCGGAUGCAGAGGAGAAAAUCCCUAGGAGGGCAGGUUGGUAGAAUCAUUCUGGAGAAUAACCAUGUCAUUGACACCUAUUCAAGGAUUUUAUUUCCCACUGUGUACAUUACGUUUAAUUUGUUCUACUGGAGUAUUUAUGUUUGAAGAGGAAAUCCCAAUUGAUAAAAUGUGUUUGGAGUCAGAUUAUGUUAAAAACAACAACAAAAACCACCAACUCUUAACUAUAAGUUGGAUGGUACCAGACUAAACUGGAGUCAGCCAAUCACCUAUCCUGUCCUAAAGAAAAUGUGAAAGUUGACUGAUUUACCUCAAGGAAAGACUUUAAGGUCUUAGGAGAAUUUGGCUCUAUCAGUAAGGGUCACAAGCAUGCAUAGUGUGGAAAACCAAUUUCCAUAGGGAAGGGCUUUGUACCUACUUUAUCUGGACUCUCCUUGCUUUCUAAAUGUAAAUUAUCUGCAUUUGAGUGAAAAAUUAAGCUCGACUAUGCCCAUGGUGGCUCAGAUGGUAAAGCAUCUGCCUACAAUGAGGGAGAUCCAGGUUCAAUCCCUGGGUCAGGAAGAUCCUCUGGAGAAGGAAAUGGCAACCCACUCCAGUACUCUUGCUUGGAGAAUCCCAUGGACAGAGGAGCAUGGUAAGCUACAGUCCAUGGGGUCGCAAAGAGUCGGACACGACUGACUUCACUUUCAGUAAAAACUUUUCAGUGCCAAUUAUUCAGGGCGACUCUUUUCCUUAGUGCUAGCCAGCUGUCAGAUUCCCGAUAGCAUUGGAUCCUUCUGAGGAAGAAUAUUAGCAUCAAGGUGGCACCAUGGACUCUCACACAGCUGAGAUCCUCGUGAAGAGCUUCCUUCUUCCGUCUCCAAUCAAGUCUUUUAUCCUAUUUUACUAUUGUUUCGUGCAUUAUUGACACCAAGCAGGACAAAAAAAUCUAAACGUUAGUCUUCCCAUCCUAAUACUAAGUUGCUAUUAUACAUUAAUUUUCAAUAAUAGCAUCUUGUAGCUUUCCUACCUUUUUGGAGGUAUUUAAUUAGUUGCCUUUGUUUACCAAAUGUUUAUUGACCUCCUACAUGUACUGGGUACUUUAUUAGGUGUUAGAUAUACUAAAAGAAUGAAUACAAACUGACAUUCCUGCCAUCAGUCCGUGCACAGCAUAGUAGGAACAGUGAAAUGGCAGCUAUAGUCAAUAAUAAACGUAAUGGAUGUUAAAGUAGAGCUAUAUGUACUGUGCUUCCGAGGUUCUGCAAAAGGGAUGCCAAAAGAAGGAAAAGAACAUCCACAAUGGGAUGUGGGCUCUUAGUUUAUAAACAAAGAUACUUCCAGACAUGGGGUUGAGUGGAAAACACUGAAUGAAAUGUAUGUAUCCCAUAGCAAUCUUUAGUAACUUUGGUGGAACUAAGUAAAUAGGGUCAGGUGGGUAUUAAAUAAAUGUUUGGUAAGAAGAAAAAAACUCCAGUGUUCAGCAUUCAUUUUGUAGAUUGACAGUGUGCAUGUUUUCGUGUUAAGUAUUUGUGAAAAAGAUUCCAUUUAGAGAUAAGCUCUUGAUAGGAAGUAUGAAAUAUUUCUCAUCCUAUUUUGAUUUCUGGGAUUGAAUUAAGGGAAAUAAACAGUGUAUUACUUUCAGGUGUCUUGCCAUUUAUUUUUUACCAUAAAGUGAGCUAAAAUUAUUUGAAUUAUUUCAUGCCAGGUGAAGAGACAAAUAACAUCCUACUUGUUUACCAAUAACAUUGGUUUUGGUUCUCUAUCAUUAAUGACAUAAUGUUCCAGAAACUUAUUUUCCUCUUGGGAGCAAAAGGCAAAUUCUUUCUCUAUUAUGAUUUCCCUC